AAGAGCAAUGUUUCUUUUGAUUAUCAUUCCACAAAGAAUUCAAUUUUUUCCCCCUUUGGGGCGUUAUCUCAUACAUACAAUCAAAAUACCAGAUGGAAAAAAAGAGGGGCAAUGGGUAUGAAUGUGAGGAGAGGAAUAACAAUAUAUGUCAUGCUUAAGAAUUAAUUGAGGAGCAGAAAUAAAAGAACUGUAACUGAAUCCCAUUACCCAAACAUUCAAAAUAGACACAAUGAAAUUGAUAAAAAGGGAAUAGUGGAAUUCCCAACAAGUAAUCCCUUGUUGGGAUUACUAUAUCCCUAUAUUCUUUUAACAGUAGAAAGAAUAUAUGAAUUAGACACACCAAAAUCUGACCACUAUAUAACUAAUAAAACCAAACAAUAUUAAGCAACGGGCUAUCUCAUAGCCAGAGGAGCUGGUCCCGGGAGCCAGACCAGAAGCCACCAGCCUACAAUCGGAGAAACACUCCAUUUCUUCAGAAGAAAAGUUUGAGAAGCUCAGAUUUAAAGAUAAAAAGGAUCUGUUAUCAGGAGAAUAAUGGGGAACCGGUUGCAAAGAUGUUGACUAGAUCUUGAAAGAGUGCAGCUGCAGGAACAGCUGAGUGGGUAGAUUUUGUGGGAAAGAAGAAGAGCCAGUUUGGUGUAGUGGCGAAAGCCCCAGAACUGAGAAAGGCUCAGCUCCAGUCCUGCCUCAUGCACGAAGCCAUUAACAAAACCCCCGCCUAGAAAGCCAGCAACAGAAUAGCAACACUGCUAGUUGCUGUGUAAUAACACCCAACAGGAGAGGGAGCGGCUAAGCUGAAAAGUGUUAAAACCAUCGAGUAUUGCUAGAGAGGACGUGGGAGGGAGCAGAAGGGACGAGGAACUUCCUCUUCUGCAUGGCCCAUAGGAGGUUGAAGCAAUGGGAGACAGUUUUCCAGCUCUUCCAAGGACAGUGGCUGGCAGGCUGUGCAGAAGAUCAUCUUGGACAAGUCAGAAUCAGAAUUUAUGCUUUUUUCUUGCUGUUUUCACAUCUUGUGCAUCCAUUUAUAUUAUGUGAAUCUUUUAGACGAAGAGGAUGUGCAGAAGAUCAUCUUGGACAAGUGAGAAUCAGAAGCAGCAUUAAAAAGGAAAAUCCAGCCAGUAAUCAAAGAUUUUUCCACUUUCUCCAGAAAACCACAAACUUCUUCUAUCAGAUGACAGACAAAAGAGAGAAUAAGAGGGGAGAGUUUUGAGCUGGAAAAAACAGACUCUGUGGAAUUCAAGGAAGCACUCCAUGAAAAAGUCUGUUUCCAAAAUCAGAAAAAGAAGGAAAUAUCUGGAAAUCAGUGGGGAGGAACGAGUCACUUGGACUGCAUGACUGUCUGCCCUAUGUGGCAAUAUAUUUGAUUUCCAUAUCCAAAACUGUCGUAGGUGGAAAAGCCUCACAGAUGUGCAUAUUGUGGGAUUGCAGACCUUAUGUGAUUAUGAACGAGAGGACUCACACUGGACAAAAGCCCACCCAGUGCUGCCAAUGUGGCAAAAGCUUUAGGAACCAGGCCACCUUAGCAAUACACAAGAGAAUGCACACAGGAGAGAAACCAUAUGAGUGUCCCGAUUGUGGGAAAAAGUUUGGUCAGAAUUCCCACCUGGCGAACCACCACAGAACUCAUAUUGGGGAGAAACCAGUGUGUCUGGAAUGUGGGAAACACUUCAGACACCGUUCUGACUUGGUGGUACACCAGAGGACUCACACUGGGGAGAAACCGUAUGAGUGUCCAGAUUGUGGGAAAAGUUUCAGUCAUAAUUCCGACCUGGUUAUACACCAGAGGACUCACACUGGGGAAAAACCAUAUGAGUGUCUAGAUUGUGGGAAAAGUUUCAUCCGGAAUUAUGCCCUGGUGAUGCACCAGAGAAUUCAUACAGGGGAGAAACCAUAUGAGUGUUCAGAUUGUGGGAGAACUUUCAGUCGGAAUUCUGGGCUGCUAAUACAUCAGAGGACACAUACAGGGGAGAAACCGUACGAGUGUUCAGAUUGUGGAAAAAGUUUCAGCCAGAAUUCCCACCUGGUGAAACACCAGAGGACACACACUGGGGAGAAACCUUACGAAUGUUCAGACUGUGGGAAAAGUUUCAGUCAGAAUCAGGUGCUGGUGAUGCACCAGAGGACUCACACAGGAGAGAAACCAUAUGAGUGUCCAGAUUGUGGGAAAGGUUUCAGUACUAGGACUAACCUUAUUAAUCACGUAGGUUUACACACAGGGGAGAAACCUUUCAAAUGCCUUGAGUGCGGACGUUGCUUCACGCAAAAUUCCUCCCUUAUUACACACAAGAAAAUGCACAAUGGGGAUAAAUCGUAUGAAUGCCUGGAUCCUGGGAAAGGCUCCAGUCACAAUUCUGACCUGGUGAUACACCAGAGGAUACACACAGGAGAGAAACCGUAUGAGUGCUUAAUUUGUGGGAAAAGUUUCAUUCGGAAUUAUGCUCUGGCUAUACAUCAGAGGACUCACACUGGAGAGAAACCUUACAAGUGUCUGGAUUGUGGGAAAUGUUUCAGUCAGAAUUCCCACCUGGUGACCCACCACAGGACUCACACUGGUGAGAAACCAUAUGAGUGUUCAGAUUGUGGGAAAAGUUUUAGUUGGAAAUACGGCUUGGUGAUACACCAGAGGACUCACACAGGAGAGAAACCAUACAUGUGUCCGGAUUGUGGGAAAUGUUUCAGUUACAAUUCUGAUCUGGUGGUACACCAGAGGAUACACACUGGGGAGAAACCAUAUGAGUGUCCUGAUUGUGGGAAAGGUUUUCGUCAGAAUUCCGACCUCCUGGUACACCAGAGGAUACACACUGGGGAGAAACCGUACAAGUGUCCAGAUUGUGGGAAAGGUUUCCUUCGGAGUUACGCCCUGGUGAUUCACCAGAGAACUCACACCGGGGAAAAACCAUACAAUUGUCUGGACUGUGGGAAAUGUUUCAGUCGGAAUCCUGAUCUGGUGCUACAUCAGAAGACUCACACUGGGGAGAAACUGUACAAGUGUCUGGAUUGUGGGAAACGUUUCACUCAUCGUUCCACCCUGGUGACACACCAGAGGACUCACACAGGGGAGAAACCUUAUGAGUGUCCAGUUUGUGGGAAAAGUUUCAGUACUAGGUCUAUCCUUAUAAAUCAUGUAGGUUUACACACAGGGGAGAAACCUUUCAGAUGCCCAGAGUGCGGACGAUGCUUCUCGCAAAGGUCCUCCCUAACUGCACACAAGAAAAUCCACAUGAGGCAGAAGGUGUUGAGUGAAGAGAAGAGUUUUGAGCUGGAGUGUAUAGAACUCAAGCAAACACUCAAGAAAAAGGUCAAGGGGCAUCAUUUCCAAAUUCAGAAAAAAGGGGAAUACUUUGGAAAUCAGAGGGGAAGAAGGGGUCACUUGGAUAAGCAUAUAAGGCAGGCAGUCAUGAAAGCUUCACACCGUGAAGAAAGAAACAGUAGCUUGAAUCAAAGAAAACUAUAUGGGUGUCCAGAUUGUAGGAAAACUUUCAGUCGGGAUUCUCACCUGAUGAUACAUCAGAGGACACACACAGGAGGAAAACCAUAUGAGUGUUUGCAUUGUGGGAAAUGUUUCAAUCAUAAUUCCAACCUGAUGAUACACCAGAGAACUCACACAGGAGAAAAACCCUAUGAAUGUUUGCACUGUGGGAAAAGCUUCAGUCAUAAUUCCCAUCUGGUUGUUCAUUUGAGGACUCACACCGGAGAGAAACCCCAUGAGUGUCCAGAUUGUGGAAAAAGUUUCAGUCAUAAUUCCAACCUGAUGAUACACCAGAGGACUCACACAGGAGAGAAACCAUAUGAGUGUUUGCAUUGUGGGAAAGGUUUCAGUCAUAAUUCCCAUCUGGUUGUUCACCUGAGGAUUCACACAGGAGAGAAACCCCAUGAGUGUCCAGAUUGUGGAAAAGGUUUCAGUCAGUAUUCCAAUCUGAUGAUACACCAGAGGACGCACACAGGGGAGAAACCAUAUCAGUGUCUGGAUUGUGGGAAAUCUUUCAGUUCAAAAUCUGGCCUGGUGAUACACCAGAGGACUCACACGGGGGAGAAACCAUAUCAGUGUCUGGAUUGUGGAAAAAGUUUCAGUCAGUCUUCCAGCCUUGUGAAACACCAGAGGACUCACACAGGAGAGAAACCGUAUGAGUGUCCGGACUGUGGGAAAGGUUUCUGUACUAAGACUAACCUUAUUACUCACGCAGGUUUACAUACAGGGGAGAAACCUUUCAAAUGUCCAGAGUGCGGACGAUGCUUCUCUCGGGAUUCUCACCUUAUGAUACACCAGAGGACUCACACAGGAGAGAAACCAUAUGAGUGUUUGCAUUGUGGGAAAAGUUUCAGUCAGAAUUCCCAUCUGGUAGUUCACCUGAGAACUCACACUGGAGAGAAACCAUACAAGUGUCUGGACUGUGGGAAAUCUUUCAGGUCAAAAUCUGUUCUGGUGAUACACCAGAGGACUCACACAGGGGAGAAACCGUAUCAGUGUCUGGAUUGUGGAAAAAGUUUCAGUCAGUCUUUCAGCCUUGUGAAACACCAGAGGACUCACACAGGGGAGAAACCAUAUGAAUGUCUUAAUUGUGGGAAAGGUUUCAGUCAGUAUUCCAACCUGAUGAUACACCAGAGGACACACACAGGGGAGAAACUAUACAAGUGUCUGGACUGUGGGAAAUCUUUCAGGUCAAAAUCUGUUCUGGUGAUACACCAGAGGACUCACACGGGGGAGAAACUGUAUCAGUGUCUGGAUUGUGGAAAAUGUUUCAGUCUGUCUUCCAGCCUUGUGAAACACCAGAGGACUCACACAGGAGAGAAACCAUAUAAAUGUCUUAACUGUAGAAAAUGUUUCAGUCAGUAUUCUCACCUUGUAAUACACCAGAGAACUCACACGGGAGAGAAACCAUAUGAGUGUCCAGACUGUGGGAAAGGUUUCAGUACUAAGACUAACCUUAUUACUCAUGCAGGUUUACACAUAGGAGAGAAAUCUUUCAAAUGCCCAGAGUGCGGACGAUGCUUCUCGCAAAUUUCUUCCCUUACCACACACAAGAAAAUCCACAUGACACAGAAGGUGAUGAGUGAAGAGAAGGCUUGAACUUCUUUUCUGAUCUGCCUUUGCAAAAGCAAUUGAGAAAUUAACUAUUUAAUUUGUGGCCUCAUUCAGUUUAGUCAAACCUGUCCUCACUAUUAGACAUUUUGGGAGGAGAGGAAAAAAAUGAAAAUGGAAAAUGUUACGGUUAACUACUUGUGUCUGCCUAACAGCAGAAUGUAGAGGAUAUUCCCUUUUGCAAGAAUAGCUAAUUUUUGGUAAUUGCUACCAAAUGAUUUGGGUAGCAAAUGAUUUUGGGGAUGGUUUUUACAUGUUGAACAACAGAUCAUAGAAAAGCAACAGACAGAUUUUCAGAAACCUGCUGCAGAUGCUAAAAAUGAGAAGAUAAGAGCUGUCUGAUUUACUUAGCCAUUUUAGCUCCUCAAGUAUAAAGUGAUAGAAGAGAAGAAGUAAAGAGGGUUUGGAAUUCAUCUUUUCCUAAUAGUUUCUAAAAUUUUGGGCAAGAAGAGUCCCUGUUCAGACUGUGAACAUUGAAGCACAGAACUAUGAGGCACAGAAUGGAAAACAUGAGAGAGGUUUGGGACAGUGAGAGCAGCACAAAAAUUACAUAAUGAGCAUGAUAUGCAAAUGCUGUUGGAAUAUAAUAGAGAAAGGCGGUGGUUCUUUUUCAGCAUAAGAUCUUCAAGCUUACUAGCAACUCAUGCUGUGAUCUCCUUUGCUUGGAGGUGCCUCUUGUUAACCUUUGAAGGCCGGUGGGCGAUAGCACUGCAAGAUGCUAAAAUUUUGGCUGAGUUUAGAAAGGCCAAAGAAGUCAAGGGUUGUUCAUUUCAGUAACACAAUUCAGGUUAUAAUACAGCACCCCUGUGGCUCUGGAGCACUUGCUUCUCCAGUAGCUGUAUUAGAUGUUUGUACCAGGCUCAUCUGUUCUGCAUAAACUGCUGUUCUCUUAUUUCCAUUUAGACUUUUGUUUUUUAAUAUACUCUUGUCAUUUUUUUUGUUUUUUUGGUACAUUUGCUAUUUUUUAGACUUUGAUUACUUUCUAUAGUUUUUAGCUGAAUACACCUCAUGUUUAUUAGGCUGGUCUU